CACCGGUCGCAAUUCUCAUGGGUCGCUUCCGCUGAGGAAAGAUGGCCGCGGCCGCUCGGGACUCACGUGUGGGUGCGGGGAAAAGGCUGAAAAAUUCACUGAAGAAGAAAAAGAAGAUGAAAAUGGUAGCCCGGGCAGUGGCUUCGGAGCUGGAAGAAGAGGGCAAAGACGCUGCCGACAGUGGAGGUUCUGUAAGAAGCUGUGGGCCAGAAAAGGAUCACUUUUCUUCUGAUGAUGAAGCAGCGGAAGCUGAUAAUGAAGAUGAAGUUGAACCCAACGGCAAUGAAAAUGGAAAUGCACCCGAAGCUAGUGUUGGAACUAAUGUGGGCUGGGCGGAUGCCAUGGCCAAAAUUCUUAACAAAAAAACUCCUAAAAGCAAACCCACGAUUCUGGUCAAAAACAGAGAGCUGGAAAGGGAAAAAGAAAAGUUAAAACAAGAGAGACUGGAGAAAAGAAAACAGCUCGAUAAGAAGCGGGAAUGGGAAAUGAUGUGCAGAGUAAAGCCAGAUGUUGUCAAAGACAAAGAAACAGAGAGAAAUCUUCAGAGAAUUGCAACAAGGGGUGUGGUACAGCUAUUCAAUGCUGUUCAGAAGCAUCAAAAGAACGUUGACGAAAAGGUUAAGGAAGCCGGAAGCUCAAUUAGAAAACGUGCUAAAUUGAUAUCGACUGUUUCCAAGAAAGAUUUCAUCAGCGUUCUGAGAGGGAUGGAUGCAGGUACAAGUGAGAAAAGUUCGAGUGGAAAGAACUUGAAAGCCAAACAGACUGAAGGGAAAUCAGAAGAGGGCCCUGGAUGGACAAUCCUACGAGAUGAUUUCAUGAUGGGAGCGUCCAUGAAAGACUGGGACAAAGAAAGUGAUGGCGCGGAUAACAGCAGACCAGGGUCUGGGAGCGACUCCGACACAUAGGCUGUAGAGGAAACGCAUAUACCGUCGUCGUAUUUUUCCUAGAAAAAUACCUCAUGCUCUCUGAGUUGGACAUUUAUAAAGCUAAAAUUUGUAAGAAAUCCGGAAGACUUUUACUAUUACCAACUUGGUGUUUUUCCUUUUCAUGAAAACUUUGUGAAAAUUAGGUUUUCAGACUAUGUAUAAUUUUAAGCAUUGUUCCUCACAACAUUUGUGAAAAGAAGUGUUCCUUAUUGAUCAGCAAGAUGGCACAAUUUGCCAGGACAUUAUAAGUUUUACACACUGGUCUGGACAUUGGUGUUUUCUUCCAGUUUCACUAGUUUCUGGAAAUACAGUACUCUUCAUAAUUAAAAAUGAACUCCUUGAAGUCAGUAUGUUUCAGCUUUCCAACUUCUUAGACCUGUGUGUGUGUGUUUGCAGCGGGGGGUGGAUUUGGGGUAUUCGUUUGGGUGAGCUAUUAAGAAAACCUAUGUAGUGACAUUUAAAGUGAUACAGUAUUUCUGAUUCAGGGUGAUGAUUUCAUUUUUAGAUCUUCUGGUUAGUAAGAUUUAAGGAGCACACCAAAUCUUUACUUUUAUAUUAUGAUCCUUUAUAUGCUGAGUAAUAUAUAAUGGUUUAGAUUUAUCUUAAGUGUUAGGUUAUUUUUGUGUGAGAGACUUACUGGGGCGGAAAUUCUCAUGUUUAACUUAUGCGGUGAGGCCUAAUUUCUUAGAAAGCAUAUUUGACAUGUUUUAGCUCCCCCCCCCACCCCCUUUUCCCUGUUCUUGGGUUAGCUUAAAUUCUCUUUUUUGGUCUGACUAAAACCAGUGAAAUGGCAGUUAGACUGCUGGUAGUCUGCUUCAGAAUCCUCUAUGGGAUUGGAGAUUCGGGUCUUUAUUGUUGCCUUAAAAGUGAUUACAUUGGGUGACUUAGUAUCUAGCUGUUAAACAAAAAGAAAAGAGAAAGUAAGACUGUUGAAUAUCAUUCCAAAAUUUCUGUGAGACUGGGCCUAAGAUGUAAAGCUUGUGGAGGAAUUAUUUAAUGCAUAAUUUUUCCAUAAUAAAUUUCUCCAUUUUUCCAUAAUAAAAUGAUUCCCUUCUCAUUUGCAAAUACCUGCAUCCUCACCUCAAAAUUAUGCUGGAGCAGAGAUACUGAUAUUUUCAAAGCCAUUUGAGUGUCACAGGUAUUAGGUAUCUAAGGUUGAAUUAGUCCGUGGCCUGGUAUUCGUCAGCAUAAAGGAAGGUGUCCACCUAAGAUCAAGUGAUUAAACCAGCAAAGCUAAAAAUACAUUUUUGUAAUUAUCCCAACUUUUGAACUUUAAUGUCUUAUUAACUUAUAGAACUACCAUUUUGUCAGGAUAAUUUAAAUAAAUGUGGACAAGUACUCCUCCAUAGUAAUUAAGAGUGCUAAAUAUCACGAUAUAACUUAACACAGAUAGGUAUUUUAUUAUAACUUAAUGCAUACAUAAUUUUGGAAAAGAAAAUUCUCUGCAGCAGUUAAAAGCUUUUUUUCUCCCUAAAAUUAAAGGCUAUACUUCUUUUUUGCUACUAAUCUUAUUCUGGAGCGUAUGAAAACGGUGCAAAACUUCUUCUAAAUAGGACGUUUGGGUGAUAGAAAUGGGCAAAUCACUUUUCAUUUACGAAAACACUUUUGAAACAUACACUUAGGGUUUUUGGUUUAAUUUUAAAACUUUGUCAAGAUUUUUUAACUGAAAGUAAGAAAGAAUAUAUGCAAACUUUCUUCUUUUGGAAAUUAUUUUAUCCCAAAAUAAAAAUGAGUUGCCAGUGUAAGAAAAAAUUUUAUCACUUCUCUCAGAAGGCUGUGAAGCAUAUUCACAGUACAUGAAAUGAUUUCUGUCAUAAAGAUGGGAUGUUUGAUAUACAUCUUAGUAAUGGUGCCUCUUGGCUGUACAAUGUGUAGCCAGAAUAUCAUCGUAUAUGAAUGUAAAUCCAAGUACCAGCCUAUUGUUUUAGAAGUUAAGUAUGUAUCUGGAGAUGAAUAUUUUAAAUAUUCUAGCUCUGUCAUCUUUACCCUAAGUACUUGACUUACAACAUUUAAGUUCUCACAUCAGCCAGAUAAGUCUGCAUUUUUCCCAUCUUCCUAUAUUGUCUUUGAGUUAAGGAGGGAAAAGAAAAAGAACUGCGCUGGUGGACCCCCCCCCCCAAUUUAUCCAAAUAUAACAUUUGGAUUGUAUUUUUGUUAACUAUUUAGAAGACAAUAAUAAUAAAAAGUUUUUUUUGUUUAGAAAGACUAUAUGAAAAGUAGUAACCAGAUAACUCGUCACUAGGUAUUAUCCCCUUAUCCGGAUAUUUAGAUGGCUGCGGUGAAUGCUCUCAAUCUUUAGCGUAGUUUAGUAUUGGUCAGUAAUUGUUUUUAGGCAUUGAAAUCUCCAAGUCAAAAUUAAUACGUGUUUCAGACUGAAAAAACUUAGUAGUUUAGCACUGUAGUUUGGAGUUGGAGUACUGGAUUUAUUUUCAACUUCCCUAGAAUUCUACAUAGAUCAAGUAUGGUUCUCAUUGAAAAGCAUACCUCGGAACCCUUUAGAUGGGCUAGUUCAAAGGCUCACCUUCAGUACUCAGAGCCGAAAAUGACUCACUAGGAGGUUCUGGAAGGUUUAUUUGAGGGUAAGUCCAAGUUCUUUAAAAUAUUUUGUGUGUUUUACAAGGGAGUGAAAAGGGAAUGUUUAUAUUCUGGAAAACCUCUUAGGACUCUUUUAAUCACUGUGUUUUGCGUUUAUGAAUAUACUUAAUAUUCAGUGGCCACCAACGAAUCCUGCCCCCUGUGCCGGUCUUCAGGCCAUGAGAGUACAGUACGUCAUUACAAAGCCAUCUGAUUACAGUUGACGGAUGCCUGAAGAUGUCCUAGUUAAACAUAAGUAGCAGAGACGUCCUGAGGUUGAAGUGUGAACAGAAACAUAGACAGACUGAAGAUAUAAAUUGUGUUGCUCAGGAGUUAAAGGAAUUGUAAAGCCUAGGCCAUGCCUGAAAAGGAAUCUCCAAAGAGCAUAAGUAUUUCUAUAGAAGAGAGAGGAGGAGGUCAAAUAAAUAAGGUGAUACUUUCACAACCUUUGGAUAAUUUUUUUGCUCACUAUUUAUCUUAAUAUAUGUGCUAAAUAAAGAGUCUGAAGUGAAAUGGGA